AAUACUUUCUUUAGGGGCAGUGAUCCUUUUAGGGAACAGGGGCUAUAGUGUUGGGGUUGAAAGUAGAGAGUGUUAAUCAAGUGCGGAUGCCCUGGUCGUUCUUGGAAUGGUGAUUUUGAGUUGUCUGGCAGAUGCUCCUGUGUUGAUGCCACCUGAUGUAGGGGGCUCAACAGUGAAGCAGGGAGCUCAGGAGUGAGGUCUGGGCUGCAGGCAUAUAUUUGGGAGUCAUCAGCAUGAUAGAGAUAAUUUAAAGGGCGAGACAGAAAGAGUCUAUGAAGGGGAAAGCAAGAAGAGUCUGGCAAGAGGUCCUGGAGCCCUCCUGUGAUAACAGCGGAAAAAGAGGAACAAGGAAAGAGACGACAAGGAAGCAUCCAGGAAUGAGGAGAAAAAUCAAGAGGGUGUGGUGUCUCGGAAGCAGCACGAAGAAAGUGCUUGGAAGCAGAAAGAGUGAGCCACUAUGUCACACGCUGCCUGCCCAACGUUCAGCCCUAGAAAACAAUCUCCUGGUCUAAGGUGCUUGAGUGGGCCGAUCCAGCUAUAUCAAGAACCUUUGAGAACAAAAUUCUCAAGCACUUCUGAGGGGAGUCGAAUAGGUGAAAACCUUGGCUGGCCUGACCUUAUCAUGGAACCUGAUGACUUUGAUUCUGAAGACAAAGAGAUAUUAAGCUGGGAUAUUAAUGAUGUGAAACUGCCACAGAACGUGAAAAAGACUGACUGGUUCCAGGAGUGGCCAGAUUCCUAUGCCAAACACAUCUACAGCUCCGAGGACAAGAAUGCGCAGCGGCACCUGAGCAGCUGGGCCAUGCGCAACACCAACAACCACAACUCCCGCAUCCUCAAGAAGUCCUGCCUGGGUGUGGUGGUGUGCGGCCGCGACUGCCUCGCAGAGGAGGGACGCAAGAUCUACCUGAGACCUGCCAUCUGUGACAAGGCCCGGCAGAAGCAGCAGCGGAAACGUUGUCCCAACUGUGACGGGCCUCUGAAGCUCAUCCCUUGCCGAGGUCAUGGGGGCUUCCCGGUCACCAACUUCUGGAGGCACGACGGACGCUUUAUAUUUUUCCAGUCAAAGGGAGAGCAUGAUCAUCCAAAACCAGAAACCAAGUUGGAGGCGGAGGCAAGAAGAGCCAUGAAGAAAGUGCAUACAGCACCUUCCUCCGUCUCCUUGAGCCUGAAGGGGAGCACAGAGACCAGGUCUCUUCCAGGUGAAACACAAAGUCAGGGGAGUUUACCUUUAACUUGGUCUUUCCAGGAAGGCGUCCAACUGCCUGGUAGUUACAGUGGACAUUUAAUAGCUAACACUUCUCAGCAGAACUCACUAAAUGAUUGCUUUUCCUUCUCCAAGAGUUAUGGUCUGGGAGGAAUCACAGAUCUGACUGACCAGACUUCCACUGUGGACCCCACGAAGCUCUAUGAAAAGCGUAAAUUGUCCAGUAGCAGAACCUACAGUAGUGGAGACCUGCUUCCUCCUUCUGCCUCCGGAGUCUACUCUGAUCACGGCGAUCUGCAAACGUGGAGUAAAAAUGCUGCUUUGGGGAGAAAUCAUCUUAAUGACAACUGUUACUCCAAUUAUCCUUUUCCUCUGACCAGCUGGCCUUGCAGCUUCUCUCCUUCCCAAAACUCUUCAGAACCCUUUUACCAGCAGAUUCCACUGGAGCCACCUGCAGCCAAAACUGGCUGUCCCCCAUUAUGGCCAAAUCCAGGGGGGAAUCUUUAUGAAGAGAAAGUACAUGUGGAUUUUAACAGCUACGUCCAGUCCCCUGCAUACCAUUCACCUCAGGAAGACCCCUUUCUCUUCACCUACGCCUCUCAUCCUCAUCAGCAAUAUUCACUGCCAAGCAAGAGCAGCAAAUGGGAUUUUGAGGAAGAAAUGACAUACUUGGGUUUGGAUCACUGCAACAGUGAGAUGCUUCUGAACCUGUGUCCUUUGAGAUGACCCGAAUCUUUCACUA